CGAACAUCCAAUUUGUAACAGAAUAGACAUAGGCAGUUGAUGAAUUAUAUAAUUUCAUUUCCUUUUCUCUCCAUAUUCAUUCGCAUAAUUCUUGCUUUUCAAGUUACCAACUCAUAAUCAAGAACCAAAUCCUCCUACUAAGAACCCUAAUUUCUCUCAUAUCUUCUCUCGUUCGUCGCCAGAUCAACUCAACGCAGAGUAGAAAGCCAAAAGGAAUCGAAGAGGAAAAAGAAUGUUAGUAAUCGAGGAAGCAGUUCUAGAGGCGGAAUUACUGCGCCGAGGCAAUUCGCGGCCGUUUGAUGAACUCAUCUCCGAAUUCAUGUCCAAAGUCCAGCCUUCUCACAUCUUCGAUUCCUGCGCCGGCAUCGCUGUUCUUCUCACCGGGAAUAUAGACCUUAGUCCAACAGAACAUCUGGUUGGAUUUGCAAUUCUCCACCAGGCAUAUUCUUCCCAGCAGACUAGUUUGCACCCGCGCAUUUCUCUGCUUGUGGAAGUAAGUAUGCACAUGUCUUCUCCUCAUUGUAUUUUUUAUUCUCAGGGAUUUGUUUAUGCUCUUUUAAUGGUCAAUUUUUAAUAAUCAUGCACUAUGUAAGAUGGUUCAGCUGUGCAGUGUGCACAUCAAAUGCAUUUUUUACUUUUUUAUUCAGCGAUUGUAGAAAAGCUGACAGUAGUAUUUCAAUUAACGUUUUUUAUGGAGUGCUAAGAGUCAUUGGACUGUCUGCUGUAUGAAACACUGAUAGUCUGGUGAAUUUACAUAAUAACAUGAACCUGAUCUGGAGGCCUAUUCAUUACUGUAGGAAAGACUGCUUUUCAAAACCUAUUUUUGCUUCUAGAAUAAGAAAUUGUUGACAAAUUAAUAGUAACAAAUCCUCUCAUAUAGGCUAUGUGAUGUUGGCCUUUGUGAAUUUCUGAGGCUUAACAUGACCUUUCUCGUGUUGGCUUGUGAUAUCUCAUCUUGCAUUAUCACAUAUGGUUUAUAUACUAAGUUUAGUAUAAAAUGGAUGUGUAGUUGCUGGACUUGUAUCUGGUUCCCCCUUUCCCCGUACACUGAAAGAAAAGCAAACAGAGAAGAGACAAUAAAUUGGAAAUUUGCGUUAAGAGAGAUGUUUAUAUUUUCUGAUAUGACAUUUUUGUUAUCCAUUUAAUGCUGCAGAACUUUUGACUGUUUCAAUAACUGUCUGCUAUGGAAUGUUAUUGGUGAUGGUUGACUUUCAUAUUUCCUCCUGCUAU